AUGACUUCGUAUGUAGUCAAAUGGUCAGCCUUUAUCGAAUAUCCCCCUCCUGGGAAAAACAGGUAUCCGGUGGUAGACCUGCCGUUGUCUGGGUUGGCUCCAAACGUAAGUGAAGCACGAGAGUCUGAACUGCCCCUUCUUGUACACGAUCGGCAGGUCCGGCGUUCCGCGUAGGUACCGUAGUAGGUGCUUGGCCGCAGCCAUGCGGACCUGUGCUGGGUUUUCGCAUGCCCGUGUCAGUUGGUGCACUACGUAUGACAGAUUAUAGCGGGUGCAUUGGGCAAGGUACAGGAGACUCCCGGUGAUGGCCUGGAAUCUCUGCUUGUCCUCGGGUCCGAGUAGUUGGUCUUGUGGCUGCUCGGUCGAUAGUUCUGCUCCAUACCCGGGGGUGCUGACCGGGUUUGUCAGUUCCAUUCCGUAUCGCUUGUCGUGUCCUGCGAUGUCCUGGAUGGUGUCGUAGUCCGCGGGUUGUUGUUGCUGUCAGCUCCCCCAGCAGCAAAGUAGUUGUCGGAAUCCAUGCCCGCGUUGUUUUGGCGAAAAGUUCUGCUCGGUUGAUGUUGUCUUGCUGCAUGUU